CUUACGAGCACAAACUACAAUAUACUAUACCCAUAGCAGUUGGGCUCUGAGUUUUUUUGCAAUAAACAUUUUUUGGGCUGCCUGUGAAGCAAAGUGAAACGCAAGUGAAGUGCAAUUCAAGUGCUGGGAAAACCAAAAAAAAAAUUUAACAUAAAACAGCAGAAAAAUUUUAACUAAAGAACCCAACUAUAUUUAAAUAAGCUUGUGAAAUCGUUAGCGCGCAAACUAUUUGUUUGAAAAACAAUAUUCUUAUUUGAAAUAUCAACAAGUGAAAUUAGAGCUGCAUUGCAAUGGGUUCGCUGCCACAGCUGUCGAUUGUGAAGGGCCAACAGCAGGAUUACGUGCCCCGCGCGCUGCAUCGCAUCUUUGAGGAGCAGCAGCUGCGUCAUGCCGACAAGGUGGCGCUCAUCUAUCAGCCGGCGCAGGGCCUGGCGCCUAGCCAGAGCAGCUAUCGCCAGAUGAACGAGCGCGCGAAUCGCGCUGCGCGUCUGUUGGUGGAGGAGACGCACGGCCGUUUCCUGCAGCCCAACAGCGAUGGCGACUUCAUCGUAGCCGUCUGCAUGCAGCCUUCGGAAGCGCUAGUUACCACAUUGCUGGCCAUUUGGAAGGCGGGUGGCGCCUACUUGCCCAUUGAUCCCAGCUUUCCGGCUAAUCGCAUACAUCACAUACUACUGGAGGCGCGCCCCACCUUGGUAGUGCGCGAUGAUGACAUCGAUGCUCAACGCUUUCAGGGCACACCCACGCUCUCGCUGACGGAGCUGUAUGCCAAGUCGCUGCAGCUAAGCGGCGGCAACUUGUUGUCCGAGGAGAUGCUCCGUGGUGGCAAUGAUCACAUUGCCAUUGUGCUGUACACCUCGGGCAGCACGGGCGUGCCCAAGGGCGUGCGUCUGCCCCAUGAGAACAUACUCAACCGCCUGCAGUGGCAAUGGAGCACGUUUCCCUACACCAACAACGAGACAGUGGGCGUGUUCAAGACGGCGCUUACUUUUGUUGACUCCAUUGCCGAGCUGUGGGGUCCGCUGAUGUGCGGCUUGGCCAUUCUGGUGGUGCCCAAAGUAGUUACCAAGGACCCAACGCGUCUGGUUGUCUUGCUGGAGAAAUACAAAAUACGGCGUCUGGUGCUGGUGCCCACGCUGCUGCGAUCGCUGCUGAUGUAUUUGAAGAUGGAAGGCGGCGGCGUUGCCCAGAAGUUGCUCUACAAUCUGCAGAUUUGGGUCUGCUCAGGUGAGCCCUUGGCGGUUUCGCUUGCCAGCAGCUUUUUCGACUACUUUGAUGAGGGCGUGCAUCACCUGUACAACUUUUACGGCUCCACCGAGGUUAUGGGCGAUGUUACCUACUUUGCCUGCGAGAGCAAGAAGCAGCUAAGUCUGUAUGACAAUGUGCCAAUAGGCAUACCCGUGUCAAACACCGUUAUCUAUUUGCUGGACGCGGACUAUCGUCCGGUGAAGAACGGCGAGAUUGGCGAAAUCUUUGCCUCAGGCUUGAAUCUUGCCGCAGGCUAUGUCAAUGGCCGCGACCCGGAGCGCUUUCUGGAGAAUCCGCUAGCUGUGGAGAAGAGUAAGUACGCAAUUCUUAUAGCCAGCCAGUCCUUAGCUCAUGCCUCGCCUAUGCUUCCAGAGUAUGCGCGUCUGUAUCGCACUGGCGAUUAUGGAUCGUUGAAGAACGGCAACAUAAUGUACGAAGGACGCACUGACUCGCAGGUGAAAAUACGCGGACAUCGCGUGGACUUGUCCGAGGUGGAGAAGAAUGUGGCCGAGCUGCCCUUGGUGGAGAAGGCCAUGGUGCUUUGCUACCACGCCGGACAUGUGGAUCAGGCCAUCUUGGCCUUUGUUAAGCUACGCGAUGAUGCGCCCAUGGUCACCGAAAUGCAGCUAGAGGGUCGUCUAAAGGACAAGCUAGCCGACUACAUGACACCGCAGGUCAUUAUCAUUGAACAAGUGCCGCUGCUGGUCAACGGCAAGGUGGAUCGCCAAGCGCUGCUCAAGAGCUACGAGACCGCCAACAACAAUGAGGGCGACUCUAGCAUCGUGCUCGAUUAUGACUACAGUCAGGUGCCGGAGCAACUGAAGCUGACAGCGCGUGAUCUAUUCGAGACAGUGGGUGGUGUCAUUGGACGCUCCACGCGUGCCAGUCUCUCGCCGCACAGCAACUUCUACGAACUGGGUGGCAACUCCUUGAACUCCAUUUUCACUGUGACACUGCUGCGUGAGAAGGGAUACAACAUUGGCAUAUCCGAGUUCAUAGCAGCCAAGAAUUUGGGCGAAAUUAUGGAAAAGAUGGCCGCCAAUCAUGACGCAGUGCAGCUGGAAGAAGAGACACUCAACGCUUGUCCACAUCUCAAAAUGGAGGCAGUUGCCUUGCGCCCCGAGCAUCGUCAAGAAGUCAUAGACAUCAUUGUGGCCAGCUUCUAUAACAAGGCGGAUCUGGAGCAGUGGCUAAAACCAGGUGUCAAGCGUCAAGACUACAGUGAUUUGCUAAAUGAAAUUUGGAAUGUUCUUGUGGAACGCGAGUUAAGCUUAGUUGUUUACGAUCGCAAUACGGAUCGCAUCAUUGGCACUGCAUUGAACUUUGAUGCGCGCAGUGAGCCCGAGGUGGACAUCAAAUCAGAUCUGCUGAUUGUCUUUGAGUUUCUGGAGCACUGUGAGGGUCCCAUACGCGACAACUAUUUACCCAAGGGUCUGAACCAGAUAUUGCACUCCUUCAUGAUGGGCACCGCUGAGGACCUGAACCCCCGCGAAAACAUUGCCUGCAUGCACUUCAUGGAGCACGAGGUGUUGCGCGUGGCACGCGAGAAACAAUUUGCCGGUAUCUUUACCACCAAUACCAGUCCGCUGACCCAACAGCUGGCGGAUGUUUAUCACUAUAAGACGCUGCUCAAUUAUCAGGUGAACGAGUUUGUCAGCGCCGAUGGCAGCCGACCUUUUGGCGAUGCGCCCGACGAGCAGCGCGCCAUAGUGCACUGGAAGGAGGUGGGCAGCAAGUAGGCUCCACGCCUUGGAGGAUCUAUCUAACGAAUUUAAGAUGCACGUGACCCGAGCUGUAGCUUAGACUUAGACUUAGACCCAGUAGUAUUAGCCCUAGGCAUAUAGACAUUAUGUAGUGCAAGCUCUUAUCUAUCUAUGUAUGUUGACUAGUUGUAAGCCCACAAAUUCCAAUGCAAUUAAGAAGAAUAAUAAAAAACCAUUCAAUAAUCAAGCAACAAUUAAAA